UUUGACUGCGGAGCUAAGAACCCUAGCUGGGCAAGCAUAACAUAUGGAGUUUUUCUCUGUAUUGAUUGUUCAGGGACCCAUCGAUCGCUUGGUGUUCAUUUGAGUUUCAUUCGAUCUACAGAACUGGAUUCCAAUUGGUCUUGGUUUCAGCUGAGAUGCAUGCAAGUUGGAGGAAAUGCAAAUGCUUCUGCUUUUUUCCAUCAACAUGGAUGCACAACAAAUGAUACUAAUGCAAAGUAUAACAGUCGUGGUGCUCAGCUUUACAAGGAAAAGAUUAAAUCUCUUGCAACGCAAGCAACAAGAAAGCAUGGUACUGAUCUGUGGACAGAUGGAUGUGGAAUGCCACCUGUGUCACCUCAAAACAAAGAGGAAGACUUUUUUGCAUCCCAUGUGGCUCCCAAGGCAAAGAAUACAGAGUGGGUGUUAUCAGAGCCAGAGCCAGUUUCUUUACAGCAGAAAACUUCAGAAAAUAUUCCAGAAUGCUGUGAAGGACCAGAACAUGGACCAAGUGUUGAUUGCCUUAGUACAUCACCAAAAGCUGCACUAGAGAAUACCACCUUAAUAAAAAAGAAGCCAAAUCAAGCUAAGAAGGGGCUCGGUGCCAAAAAAGGUGGUUUGGGGGCACAAAAAGUGAGCAGCCAAAGCUUUAAUGAGAUUGAAAAACAAGCACAAGCUGUAGAUAAAAUGAAGGAACAAGAGGAUCUUCAUAGCAGUAAGAAAACUGAGAAGGAAGAGCCACUCGUAUCAUCUUUACGGUUGGCCUACAGAGAUCUUGAUAUUAAAACAAAAGAAGAAAAGUUAAAUCUAUCUGGUAAGAAGAAAAAUGAAUUAGAGAGACUUGGCAUGGGGUUUAGCAGCAACAGAAGUGGCAUUUCUCACUCAGUCACCUCAGAUAUGCAAACAAUAGAGCAGGAAACACCUGCAGUUGCAAAGCCGAAGAAAAAGUACACUGAUGAUGUAGAAGACUCAUAUUUCUCCUCUAGUUCAAGGUACUAUGAUUCUUCAGAUUUGAGGAGCAGCACUUUCUCUAAAUGGGAUGACAACACAGAUUCUUUUUGGAAGAAAGAAAAUAACAGUAGAGAUGUUGAGGCAAUGUUAACUUCAAAAAGUACAGGAUUUUCAGACAGGCCUACAUCUCGUCGUAAACCUGAAUAUGAACCAUCUUUAAACACAGAUGAGGCACAAAAAAAAUUUGGCAAUAUAAAAGCAAUUUCAUCAGACAUGUAUUUUGGAAGGCAAGAUCAUGCUGAUUAUGAAGCAAGGGCUCGACUAGAAAGAUUUUCUGGAAGCUCCUCUAUAAGUUCAGCUGACUUGUUUGAAGAUCAGAAAAAACAACCAGCAGGAAGCUACAAUAUUACGAAUGUCUUGCCUUCAGCUCCUGAUAUAGCUCAGUUUAAACAAGGAGUGAAAUCAGUGGCUGGAAAACUUUCUGUACUUGCUAGUGGGGUCAUGACAUCUAUACAGGAUCGAUAUGGUUCAUAACAUCUUUUGUAUCGGCAUAAUUAAGUACACUAAAGAAGGAUUUCUCUUCAGCUAUACAAGUAAUCACACUGCUGAUUCGAAUGACAGUUGCCUUAAGACUGUUGAUGUUUUUACUUGUUCCAGCAUAUUUGUUUCCUUGUGCAGCUUUCUGGCUCAGCCUCUUCUUACUGCUAUUUCAUCUUUAC